CUUUCCAUCAGCCGCCCCAUUCUCCCGCUUUCCAUCACCCCGCACCAUUCUCCCGCUUUCAUUACUCGCCCCAUUCUCCCCGAUUCCCAUCACCCGCCCCAUUUCUCCCGCUUUCUAUCACCCGUCCCCAUUCUCCCUCUUCCAUCACCCCCGCCCCAUUCUCCCGCUUUCCAUCACCCCGCCCCAUUCUACCACUUUCCAUCACCUCCCCCUUUCUCCCGCUUUCCAUCACCCUGCCCCAUUCUCCCGCUUUCCAUCACCUGCCCCCCUUCUCCCGCUUUCCAUCACCCUGCCCGAUUCUCCCUCCUUCCAUCACCCCACCCCCAUUCUCCCGCUUUCCAUCACCCCGCCUUAUUCUCCUGCUCUCCAUCACCCCGCACCAUUCGCCCGCUUUCCAUCACCCCUCCCCAUUCUCCUGCUUUCCAUCACCCCGCCCCAUUCUCCCUCCUUCCAUGACCCCCCCCAUUCUCCUCCAUCCAUCACCCCACCCUAUUCUCCCAAUUUCCAUCACCCCACCCCAUUCUCCCGCUUUCCAUCACCCCGCCUUACUCUCCCGCUUUCCAUCACCUCGCCCCAUUCUCCCGCUUUCCAUCACCCCACCCCAUUCUCCGCUUUCCAUCACACGCCCAUUCUCCCGCUUUCCAUCACCCCGCACCAUUCUCCCCGUUUUCAUUACCUCGCCCCAUUUUCCCGCUUCCCAUCAUCUCGCCCCAUUCUCCCGCUUUUCAUCACACCUGCCCCAUUCUCCCUCCUUCCAUCACCCCACCCAUUCUCCCGCUUUCCAUCACCUCGCCCCAUUCUCCCGCUUUCCAUCACCCCGACCCAUUCUCCCGCUUUCUAUCACCCCGCCCCAUUCUCCUGCUUUCCAUCACCUGCCCCAUUCUCCCGCUUUCCAUCACCCCACCCCAGUCUCCCGCUUUCCAUCACCCCGCCCUAUUCUCCCGCUUUCCAUCACCCCGCCCCAUUCUCCCGCUUUCCAUCACCCCACCCCAUUCUCCCGCUUUCCAUCACCCCGCCCCAUUCUCCCGCUUUCCUUCACCCCUCCCCAUUCUCCCGCUUUCAAUCACCCCGCCCCAUUCUCCCGCUUUCAAUCACCCCACCCCAUUCUCCCGCUUUCCAUCACUCCGCCCCAUUCUCCCUCCUUCCAUCACCCCGCCCCAUUCUCCCGCUUUCCAUCACCCCGACCCAUUCUCCCACUUUCUAUCACCCCGCCCAAUUCUCUCGAUUUCCGUCACCCUGCCCCAUUCUCCCUCUUUUUCGUCACCCCGCCCCAUUCUCCCGCUUUCCAUCAUCCAGCCCCAUUCCCCCGCUUUCCAUCACCCCGCCCUAUUCUCCCUCUUUCCAUCACCCCGCCCCAUUCUCCCUCCUUCUAUCACCCUGCCCCAUUCUACGCGCUUUCCAUCACCCCACCACAUUCUUCCACUUUCCAUCACCCCCGCCCCAUUCUCCCUCCUUCCAUCACCCCGCCCCAUUCCCCCGCUUUCCAUCACCCCGCCCCAUUCUCCCGCAUUCCAUCACCCCGCCCCAUUCUCCCCUCCUUCCAUAACCCCGCCCCAUUCUCCCGCUUUCCAUCACCCCACCACCAUUCUUCCGCAUUCAUCACCCCGCCCCAUUCUCCCGCUUUCCAUCACCUCGCCCCAUUCUCCCGCAUUCCAUCACCCCGCCCAUUCUCCCGGUUUCCAUCACCCCGCCCCCUUCUCCCUCCUUCCAUCACCCUGCCCCAUUCUCCCUCCUUCCAUCACCCCGCCCCUUUCUCCCGCUUUCCAUCAGCCUGCCCAUUCUCCCGCUUUCCAUCACCCCGCCCCAUUCUCACCGCGUUCCAUCUCCCCGCCCCAUUCUCCGGUUUCCAUAACCCCGCCCCCUUCUCCCUCCUUCCAUCACCCGCCCCAUUCUCCCUCCUUCCCAUCAUCCCGCCCCUUUCUCCCCUUUCCAUCAGCCCGCCCCAUUCUCCCGCUUUCCAUCACCCCGCUCUCCAUCACCCCGCCCCGUUUCUCACCGCUUUCCAUAACCCCGCCCCAUUCUCACGCUUUCCAUCACCCCGCCCCUUCACCCCGCUUUCCAUCACCCCGCCCCAUUCCGCUCCUCUCCGUCACCCCGCCCCAUUCUCCCGCUUUCCAUCACCUCGCCCCAUUCUCACGCUCUCCAUCACCCCGCCAAUUCACCCGCUUUCCAUCACCCCGCCCCAUUCUCACGCUUUCCAUCACCCCACCCCACUCCCGCUUUCCAUCACCCCGCCCCAUUCUCCCGCUUUCCAUCACCCAGCCCCAUUCUCCCGCUCUCCAUCACCCCGCCCCGUUCUCCCGCUUUCCAUAACCCCGCCCCAUUCUCACGCUUUCCAUCACCCCGCCCCAUUCACCCGCUUUCCAUCACCCCGCCCCAUUCCGCUCCUCUCCGUCACCCCGCCCCAUUCUCCCGCUUUCCAUCACCUCGCCCAUUCUCACGCUCUCCAUCACCCCGCCCAAUUCACCCGCUUUCCAUCACCCCCGCCCCUUCUCACGCUUUCCAUCACCCCACCCCACUCCCGCUUUCCAUCACCCCGCCCCAUUCUCCCGCUUUCCAUCACCUCGCCCCAUCUCACGCUUUCCAUCACCCCGCCCCAUUCUCCCGCUUUCCAUCACCCGCCCAUUCUCCCUCCUUCCAUCACCCCGCCUCAUUCUCCUCCUUCCAUCACCCCGCCCCAUUCUCCCGCUUUCCAUCACCCCGCCCCAUUCUCCCGCUUCCCAUCACCCCCCCGCCCCAUUCUCCCGCUUUCCAUCACCCCGCCCCAUUCUCCCGCAUUCCAUCACCCCGCCCCAUUCUCCCCGCUUUCCAUAACCCCGCCCUAUUCUCCUGCUUACCAUCACCCCGCCAUAUUCUCCCACUUUCCAUCACCCCGCCCCAUUCUCCCUCCUUCCAUCACCCGCCCAUUCUCCCUCCUUCCAUCAUCCCACCCAUCUCCCUCCUUCCAUCACCCCGCCCCAUUCUCCCGCUUUCCAUCUCCCCGCUUUCCAUCACCCCGCCCCAUACUCCCGCUUUCCAUCACCCCGCCCCAUUCUCCCGCUUUCCAUCACCCCGCCCCAUUCUCCCGCGCUUUUCCAUCACCCCGCCCCUUUCUCCCGCUUUCCAUCACCCCGCCCCAUUCUCUCGCUUUCCAUCACCCCCCCCAUUCUCCCGCUUUCCAUCACACCGCCCCAUUCUCCUGCUUUCCAUCACCCCUCUCCGUUCCCCUCUUUCCAUCACCCCGCCCCAUUCGCCCUCUUUCCAUCACCCCUCCCCAUUCUCCCUCUUUCCAUCACCCCGCCCCUUCUCCCUCUUUCAUCACCUCGCCCAUCCUCCCUCUUUCCAUCACCCCGCACCAUUCUCCCGCUUUCCAUCACCCUGCACCAUUCUCCCCGCUUUCCAUCACCGCACCCAUUCUACUGCUUUCCAUCACCCCGCCCAAUUUUCCCUCUUUCCAUCACCCGACCCAUUCUCCCUCUUUCCAUCACCCCGCCCCAUUCUCCCCCAAUCCAUCACCCUACCCAUUUUCACUCUUUCCAUCACCCCGUCCCAUUCUCCCGCUUUCCAUCAACCCGCCCCAUUCUCCCUCUUUCCAUCACCCCGCCCCAUUCUCCCUCCUUCCAUCACCCCGCCCCAUUCCCCCGCUUUCCAUCACCCCGCCCCAUUCUCCCGCAUUCCAUCACCCCGCCCAUUCUCCCUCCUUCCAUCACCCCGCCCAUUCUCCCGCUUUCCAUCACCCCACCCCAUUCUUCCGCAUUCCAUCACCCCGCCCCAUUCUCCCGCUUUCCAUCACCUCGCCCCAUUCUCCCGCAUUCCAUCACCCCGCCCCAUUCUCCCGCCUGCCCAUUCUCCCGCUUUCCAUCACCCCGCCCCAUUCUCCUGCGUUCCAUCUCCCCGCCCCAUUCUCCCGGUUUUCCAUAACCCCGCCCCUUCUCCCUCCUUCCAUCACCCCCGCCCCCUUCUCCCUCCUUCCAUCACCCCGCCCUAUUCUCCCGCUUUCCAUCACCCCGCCCCAUUCUCCCGCUUCCCAUCACCCCGCCCCAUUCUCCCGCUUUCAACCAUCACCCCGCCCCAUUCUCCCCCAUUCCAUCACCCCGCCCCAUUCUCCCGCUUCCCAUAACCAACCCCGCCCCAUUCUCCUGCUUACCAUCACCCCGCCAUAUUCUCCCACUUUCCAUCACCCCGCCCCAUUCUCCCCUCCUUCCAUCACCCGCCCCAUUCUCCCUCCUUCCAUCAUCCCACCCCAUUCUCCCUCCUUCUAUCACCCCACCCCAUUCUCCCGCUUUCCAUCACCACGCCUCAUUCUCCCGCUUUCCAUCACCCCGACCCCAUACUCCCGCUUUCCAUCACCCCGCCCCAUUCUCCCGCUUUCCAUCACCCCGCCCCAUUCUCCCGCUUUCCAUCACCCCGCCCCUUUCUCCCGCUUUCCAUCACCCCGCCCCAUUCUCUCGCUUUCCAUCACCCCGCCCCAUUCUCCCGCUUUCCAUCACACCCGCCCCAUUCUCCUGCUUUCCAUCACCCCUCUCCGUUCUCCCUCUUUCCAUCACCACGCCCCAUUCGCCCUCUUUCCAUCACCCCUCCCCAUUCUCCCUCUUUCCAUCACCCUGCCCCAUUCUCCCUCUUUCCAUCACCUCGCCCAUCCUCCCUCUUUCCAUCACCCCCACCAUUCUCCCCGCUUUCCAUCACCCCCGCACCAUUCUCCCGCUUUCCAUCACCGCGCCCCAUUCUACUGCUUUCCAUCACCCCGUCCCAUUCUCCCGCUUUCCAUCACCCCGCCCAAUUUUCCCUCUUUCCAUCACCCCGACCCAUUCUCCCUCUUUCCAUCACCCCGCCCCAUUCUCCCCCAAUCCAUCACCCCUCCCCAUUUUCACUCUUUCCAUCUCCCCGUCCCAUUCUACCGCUUUCCAUCACCCGCCCCAUUCUCCCUCUUUCCAUCACCCCGCCCCAUUCUCCCUCCUUCCAUCACCCCGCCCCAUUCCCCGCUUUCCAUCACCCCGCCCCAUUCUCCCGCAUUCCAUCACCCACGCCCCAUUCUCCCUCCUUCCAUCACCCCCGCCCCAUUCUCCCGCUUUCCAUCCCCCACCCCAUUCUUCCGCAUUCCAUCACCCCGCCCCAUUCUCCCGCUUUCCAUCACUCGCCCCAUUCUCCCGCAUUCCAUCACCCCGCCCAUUCUCCCGCUGCCCCCAUUCUCCCGCUUUCCAUCACCUCCGCCCCAAUUCUCGUUGGCGUUCCAUCUCUCCCCGCCCCAUUCUCCCGGUUUCCAUAACCCCGCCCCCUUCUCCCUCCUUCCAUCACCCCGCCCCAUUCUCCCUCCUUCCAUCAUCCUGCCCGUUUCUCCGCUUUCCAUCAGCCCGCCCCUGAUUCUCCCGCUGUCCAUCACCCAGCCCCAUUCUCCCGCUCUCCAUCACCCGCCCCGUUCUCCCGCUUUCCAAACCCCCGCCCCAUUCUCACGCUUUCCCAUUCACCCGCUUCCAUCUCACCCCCGCCCCCAUUCCGCUCCUCUCCGUCACCCCGCCCCCUCCCGCUUUCCAUCACCUCGCCCCACUUCUCACGCUCUCCAUCACCCCGCCCAAUUCACCCGCUUUCCAGCACCCCGCCCCAUUCUCACGCUUUCCAUCACCCCACCCCACUCCCGCUUUCCAUCACCCCGCCCCAUUCUCCCGCUUUCCAUCACCUCGCCCCCAUUCUCACGCUUUCCAUCACCCCGCCCCAUUCUCCCGCUUUCCAUCACCCCGCCCCAUUCUCCACUCCUUCCAUCACCCCGCCUCAUUCUCCCUCCUUCCAUCACCCCGCCCCAUUCUCCCGCUUUCCAUCACCCCUCCCCAUUCUCCCGCUUCCCAUCACCCCGCCCCCAUUCUCCACGCUUUCCAUCACCCCGCCCCCAUUCUCCCGCAUCCAUCACCCCGCCAUUCCUCCCGCUUUCCAUAACCCCGCCCCCAUUCUCCUGCUUUCAUCACCCCGCCAUAUUCUCCCACUUUCCCAUCACCCCCGCCCCAUUCUCCCUCCUUCCAUCACCCGCCCCAUUCUCCCUCCUUCCAUCACCCCACCCCAUUCUCCCUCUUUCCAUCACCCCGCCCCAUUCUCCCGCUUUCCAUCACCACGCCUCAUUCUCCCGCUUUCCAUCACCCCGCCCCAUACUCCCGCUUUCCAUCACCCGCCCCAUUCUCCCGCUUUCCAUCACCCCGCCCCAUUCUCCCGCUUUCCAUCACCCCGCCCCUUUCUCCCGCUUUCCAUCACCGCCCCCAUUCUCUCGCUUUCCAUCACCCCCGCCCCAUUUCUCCCGCUUUCCAUCACACCGCCCCAUUCUCCUGCUUUCCAUCACCCCCUCUCCGUUCUCCCUCUUUCCAUCACCCCGCCCCAUUCGCUCCUCUUUCCAUCACCCCUCCCCAUUCUCCCUCUUUCCAUCACCCCGCCCCAUUCUCCCUCUUUCCAUCAACCUCGCCCCCAUCCUCCCUCUUCCAUCACCCCGCACCAUUCUCCCGCUUUCCAUCACCCCGCACCAUUCUCCCGCUUUCCAUCACGCCGCCCCAUUCUACUGCUUUCCAUCACCCCCGUCCCAUUCUCCCCGCUUUCCAUCACCCCGCCCAAUUUUCCCUCUUUCCAUCACCCCGACCCAUUCUCCCUCUUUCCAUCACCCCGCCCCCAUUUUCCCCCAAUCCAUCACCCCUCCCCAUUUUCACUCUUCCCAUCACCCCGUCCCAUUCUCCCGCUUUCCAUCACCCCGCCCCAUUCUCCCUUUUUCCCUCACCCCGCCCCAUUCUCCCCCAAUCCAUCACCCCCGCCCCAUUUUCACUCUUUCCAUCACCCCGUCCCAUUCUCCCGCUUUCCAUCACCCCGCCCCAUUCUCCCGCUUUUCCCAUCACCCCCGCUCCAUUCUCCCGCGUUCCAACACCCCACCCAUCUUCUCCCCUCUUUCCAUCACCCUCCCCAUUCUCACCUCUUUGCCAUCACCCAGCCCCAUUCUCCCGCGUUCCAUCACCCCGCCCCCAUUCUCCCUCUUUCCAUCAUCGCGCCCCAUUCUCCCUCUUUCCAUCACCCCGCCACCUUCUCCCGCUUUCCAUCACCCCGCCCCAUGCUCCCGCUUUCCAUCACCCCGCCCCAUUCUCUCGCUUUCCAUCACCACGACCCCAUUCUCCCGCUUUCCAUCACCCGCCCCAUUCUCCCGCUUUCCAUCACUCUGCCCCAUUCUCCCCGCUUUCCAUCACCACGCCCCAUUCUCCCGCUUUCCAUCAUUCCGCCCCAUUCUUCUCCUUCCCAUCACCCCCGCUCAUUCUACCUCCUUCCAUCACCCCGCCCCCAUUCUCCCGCUUUCCAUCAACCCGCCCCAUUCUCCCGCUUUCCAUCACCCCGCCCCAUUCUCCGCGUUCCAUCACCACGCCCAUGCUCCCCGCUUUCCAUCACCCCGCCCCAUUCUCCCUCCUUCCAUCACCCUGCCCCAUUCUCCCGCUUUCCGUCACCCCGCCCCAUUCUCCCGCUUUCCAUCACCUCGCCCCAUUCUUCUGCUUUCCAUCAACCCGCCCACAUUCUCCGCUUUCAAUCACCCCGCCCCAUUCGACUCGCAUUCCAUAACCCGCCGCCAUUCUCCCGCUUUCCAUCACCCCGCCCCGUUCUCCCGCUUUCCAUCACCCCGCCCCAUCCUCCCGCUUUUCAUCACCCCGCCCCAUUCUCCCGCUUUCCAACAUCCCGCCCCGUUCUCUCCCGCUUUCCAUCACCCACGCCCCAUUCUCCCGCUUUCCAUCCCACCCCGCCCCAUUCUCCCGCUUUCCAUCACUCCGCCCCAUUCUCCCCGCUUUCCAUCACCCCGCCCCAUUCUCCCGCUUUCCAUCAACUCGCCCCAUUCUCCCUCCUUCCAUCACCCGCCUCAUUCUCCCUCUUCCAUCACCCCGCCCCAUUCUCCCGCUUUCCAUCACCCCGCCCCAUUCUCCUGCUUUCCAUCCACCCAGCCCCAUUCUCGAGCUUCCAUCACCCCGCCCCAUUUUCCCGCUUUCCAUCACCCUGCCCCAAUCUCCUGCUUUCCAUCAUCCCGCCCCAUUCUCCCUCCUUCCAUCACCCCGCCCCAUCUCCUCCCGCUUUCCAUCACCCCGCCCCAUUCUCCCGCUUUCCAUAACCCCGCCCCAUUCUCCCUCCUUUCAUCACCCGCCCCAUUCUCCCUCCUUCCAUCACCCCCCCCGCCCCAUUCUCCCUCCUUCCAUCGCCCCGCCCCAUUCUCCCACUUUCCAUCGGCCCGCCCCAUUCUCCCGCUUUCCAUCACCCCGCCUCAUUCUCCCGCUUUCCAUCACCCGCCCCAUUCUCCCGCUUUCCAUCACCCUGCCCCAUUCUCCCGCUUUCCAUUCAGCCCACCCCAUUCUCCCGCUUUCCAUCACCCCGCCCCAUUCUCCCCGCUUUCCAUCACCCUGCCCAUUCUCCCUCCUUCCAUCACCGCGCCUCAUUCUACUCCUUCCAUCACCCCUGUUAUAGUCGAAGGUUCUUAG